AUGGUUGAUGUUCUUCAAUCGGUACUUCCAAUUAAAGAUGAAGAGGUUGUACUCGGACAGUAUGAAGGUUACAGAUAUGAUCCGACAAAUCCCGAUCACUCGAAUACUCCAACGUUUGCAACUGUUAUUCUGCAUAUACAUAAUGAAAGAUGGGAAGGUGUCCCAUUUAUACCAAAGGCCGGGAAAGCAUUGAAUUCGAGAAAGGCAGAGAUAAGUGUUCAGUUUAAGGAUGUUCCGCUUGCAAUUCCUCUACUCUAUCAAGGUGUUACGAUCCCGGAGGCUUAUCAACGUCUUAUUCUCGACACGAUAAGAGGUGAUCAGCAGCAUUUUGUUCAUAGAGACGAGUUGAAGGCGGCAUGGGAGAUUUUCACGCCUCUUCUACAUAGAAUUGACAAUGGUGAAAUGAAGCCAAUUCCGUACCGACCAGGUAGCCGUGGACCGGAAGAAGCAGACGAGCUUUUGGCUAAAGCCAGUUACAUUCAAACACAUGGAUAUAUCUGGGUUCCUCCCAUCUUGUAGAAUCUUGCGGCAUUCCAUCAUGGUCGCCAUAUAAGUCGAGGUUUCGUCAAAGGCCUGCUUGUAACACAUCGAACAACCUGGCCUGCCGGUUAUAGCAAGUUAAGGUAAUUCUAAGA